AUGCCAACGGUUAGCGAAACAAAGGAUUUGCGCCGGCGGGUCUGCGGAAAUGUCGUCGUCGACCUUGAGUGCCUGAAGCAGCACACGGUCUACAAGAACUGCACUGAGACGGACAUCCACAUCGUGCACCUAUGGCAGGUCUUGGAGGGAUUCUCACAGCAGCAACGACGCUCCUUUCUCAGAUUCGUCUGGGGACGAUCCUCGCUUCCGAGCGAGGUCUGGGAAAGGAGUUUCACCGUUCAACUCCUGAGUGGCAGCAAUGACUUGAGGCUACCUUCCUCUCACACCUGCUUCUUCACGCUGGACCUACCUGCCUAUUCCUCUGUCGAGAUUUGCCGGGAGAGGCUCCUGUACUGCAUGAGCCACUGUGUAACCAUCGACACAGAUGGCGCCGCAGCCAGGUCGAUGAACUGGGACGAAGACGAGGAGGAGCUCACAUAG